AGUACUCUAACUUUCUUUGCCACCGCAUCGCCUCAAGUCAAAGGAUGGCAGCAUUUCUGAAAUCCCUUCGGAAUCUGAAGAAUGAGAUUGUUCUAUUCUCUACCCCGUUACUUCUUCUCCCGCUGCCUUUAGUCAUUGGAACGAAGGAGGCAGCAUGUGCCUAUGUGAUCAUUCUGAUGGCAGUGUACUGGUGUACAGAAGCCUUACCACUGGCUGUCACUGCCCUGCUUCCCGCUGUCCUCUUCCCCAUGUUUGGCAUCAUGCAAUCCAAAGACGUGUGUAUGCAGUACCUGAAGGACACCAACAUGCUGUUUGUGGGAGGACUGAUGGUGGCGGUGGCAGUGGAGCACUGGAACCUGCACAAACGCAUUGCCCUCCGAGUGCUGCUCUUUGUAGGGGUGCGCCCCGCUCUUCUCAUGCUGGGCUUCAUGGGGGUGACAGCCUUCCUGUCCAUGUGGAUCAGUAACACAGCCACCACAGCCAUGAUGGUGCCCAUCGUCCAGGCUGUUCUGGAGCAGCUCAACAACUACUCAGAGACUGAGAUGCCUGUGAUCCUCAGCACUGAGGAGGACACCCAGCCUCAGGACACCACUGACAGCAAACAAACAGAGAAACAGACAGAGGGACAUGUUGUGGUGACCUGUUUAGACCCGUUUGUGGAGGCAAUCCGGCGUAAGGAGGCUGCAGACAAGAAGAAGAUGUGUAAGGGCAUGACGCUGUGUGUCUGCUACGCUGCCAGCAUUGGGGGCACCGCCACCCUCACAGGGACUGGCCCCAACCUGGUGCUCAAGGGCCAGAUGAACCAGCUGUUUCCUAACAAUGGAGAUGUCAUCAAUUUUGCGUCCUGGUUCGGCUUUGCUUUCCCCAACAUGAUCCUGAUGCUGACCCUGGCUUGGCUCUGGCUGCAGUUUGUCUUCAUGGGAUUCAAUUUUAAGAAGACGUGGGGCUGUGGGGCAGCGAAGACAGAGAAAGAGAUAGCUGUGUAUAAUGUGAUCAAGGAGCAGCAUCGUCAGCUGGGCUCCAUGUCUUUUGGAGAGCUGAGUGUGCUGGGUCUGUUCAGUUGUCUUGUGGUUCUGUGGUUCACCAGAGAUCCUGGCUUUGUGGCAGGCUGGGCCACAUACAUCUUCAACGCUGAUGCAGAGUAUGUAACUGAUGCCACAGUGGCAUUGUUCAUCGCUGUCCUUCUCUUUGUCCUGCCUUCCAAGGCCCCACGCUUCUGCUGCAGGAGGUCCCAAAGCUUUGACACUGAGCACCAGCACCUGGCUGGCCCCACACCAGCUCUGCUUACCUGGAAGGUGGCCCAGAAGAAGUUACCCUGGAGCAUCGUUCUCCUCUUGGGGGGAGGGUUCGCCCUGGCGAAGGGCAGCGAGGAGUCAGGUCUGUCUAAGUGGAUGGGGGACCAGAUGACUCCCCUCCACACCAUCCCACCCUGGGCCAUCGCUAUCAUCCUGUGUCUGCUGAUCGCCAUCUUCACAGAGUGCACCAGUAACGUAGCCACUGCCACUCUCUUCCUACCUGUCCUCGCCUCAAUGUCCCAGUCCAUUGGAAUGAAUCCUCUGUACGUCAUGGUGCCUUGUACUCUCAGUGCGUCCUUUGCCUUCAUGCUACCUGUGGCCACACCGCCCAAUGCUAUCGUCUUCUCAUUUGGCUACCUUAAGGUUUCUGACAUGGCUAGGACAGGUAUAGUGAUGAACAUCAUCGGUAUCCUGUGCAUUACUCUGGCCAUCAAUAGCUGGGGCAGGGCCAUGUUCCACCUAGACACCUUCCCUACCUGGGCCAACACUACUGGUGUGUGAGGACCUCGAGCGGCCCCGGGCCAGGCCAUGGGGAACACAUGGAGGGCACCUUAUGUGCUAGGGAUCUCUGGAGAGAAGAAUGAUGAAGGGUGAAAGUAGCACUACUCUACUUUUAAUGCUGUAAUGUGUUAUACAAAGUAUGUCCAGUCCCAUUCAAAAUGCCCAAGUAUUAUCUCUAUCAAAUGAACAUGUUCUCAACUUCUCACUCUCAGGCGUAGGUUCUGACUCAUAUUUAUUGGUUGGUUUAUAUCUCAAGACUCAGAGUUGCUUAAAAUCCAUUUGUGAAUUAAGGUUUUUGCUAAACUGUUCAUUUGCACAAAAUAGCUUCUGAACUACACUACAUGACCAAAAGUAUGUGAACACCUGCUUGUCGAACAUCUCAUCCCA